CUGCCCAAGACUGAAAACCGUAAUUCUUCCUCUCUAGUUUCAAUUUUAGUCUUCCUGUAGAUGAGACUCAGCUCAGAGAUGCCUGGGGCAGCGGCUACAAAGGACUCCACAUGCAUGCCAGAGACAGUGUCCAUUGCCACAGACCUCUUUCAGGAGGAAGAAACAGGUAAAAAGCUCCAAGUACAAUGUCUCAGGAUCCUCUCCCCCGAGUCCCCUGUUAAGCUCUACUGCUGUUAUGCAGUGAUCGCCAUCCUCACUGCAGCUGUAAUUGCACUGUCUGUUGCUUUGUCCGAGAGACCAGUCAAUAAGACCUGUGGGCCUUGCCAUACCACCUGCCCAAGAGACUGGAUUGGAUUUGGAAGUAAAUGUUUUUAUUUUUCCGAAGACGUGAGAAGCUGGACGUUUAGCCAGACUUCCUGCAUGGCACAAGAGGCCCAUCUAGCUCGAUUUGACAGCCUGGAGGAGCUGAAUUUCCUGAAGAGACACAAGGGGGAUUCUGACCACUGGAUAGACCUGUACAGAGAGUCACCAGAGCACUCUUGGAGGUGGACAAACAACACUGAAUAUAACAACUUGGUUCCUAUCCGCGGAGAAGGAGAAUGUGUCUACCUGAGUGACAAUGGGAUCAGCAGCGGCAGAAGCUACACAUACAGGAAGUGGAUUUGUAGCAAGCCUCAGCUAUCCUUUACAAGGGCCAAUGGUUUUUAAAUGCAGGGUAGGGAAUGUGCCAAAGCAUGCCUGAGAAACAGAUGUCUGACCUGUUAUCUACAGUUGCUACUCCACUCCUGAUCUGCUAAAAUCAUCAUCAAAAUCCAAUGAUAAUGUGUGUUGACAGCAAAGAUGAAAACUCACUUAGAGGAUUAUACGUGAGGGUUCUUGGGAAAGCAUGGAUGAUUCUAAACUAAAUCAGUGUUUGAGCAAGAACCUAAAUUAUAGUCAUAUCUGUAUUAGUUAGCUCCACUUUUAUGACCAGAUAUGAAAUUUGUUUCUUUGGUCCUUGCUUUGAAUGCAGGGGACCUAAAAAUACAAGGUGACUAAACCCAUGGAAAUGAUUCAGUAAUCACAAGAAAAGUGAUAGUUGAUCUGUGAACUCUAAGUAUUUUUGUAUGCAUGGUUGAUAUUCUUUUGCAAAGUUCAACGACCAACACGAAGUGAUAUCUAGCCAGUAUUGAAACCAAUACUGUAUACUCUGUGAUUAACACAUUGUGAACAUUGUCAAAAUGUUUUUACAUGUUACUCCUCAGCACUCCUAUUUUAAUUACAGUGGACUAAGAGCAUGA